AUGAGGAAUUUCAUUAGUUUUCUCCAACAACUUUACCAAAAUUUCCUAAGUUUUUGGCCUCUUAGACCUCCAAAUUGGAUCAAGAUCCCUCUUAUAUGUUGUUUUCGCUACAUUUUCCGCAGUAUAAACCAGUUCUCCAUUGAACUCAUUUAUUUCCUAUCUGUCUCAUUCAUAGGUUUCGUACUCCUCAAGGCUAUUAAGCCAAGAACAGAUUUCCAAAAUCCAAGUGAUUUAGAUCUGUUUUUCACUUCAGUUUCCGCAUCCACUGUUUCGAGCAUGUCCACCGUGGAAAUGGAACUUUUCUCGAACUCUCAACUUGUGGUAAUAAUCAUCCUAAUGUUCAUUGGAGGUGAAGUCUUCACUUCUAUGGUAGGACUUCACAUUAGAGCUUAUAAACUAAGCAAAUCGUGGCGGAGUGGGACCCGAGUCGGAUCCGUUAGUACUCUUGAAAAUUCCAGUGCCUCAACCCCUUCCGCUUUCAUGAAUUCCCCCAUUAACAAUAACCAAUUUGAGCUUCACAUCAUCCCAGUGACGCGACGCGACACUAAUGUGUCGUUAGAUAGCGUUGAUUACCAUAUGAGAACCGAUUCCAUCAAGUUCUUAGGAUAUGUUGUCCUAGGUUACCUAACCUUUUUCCAUGUCCUUGGUGUCACAUCUGUUUUUGCCUACAUUAACAUCAUUUCCAGCGCCAGAAAUGUACUAAAAUCAAAGGGUAUCAACGGGUUCACUUUCGCGGUUUUCACCGUUGUUUCCACCUUUGCGAGCUGUGGAUUCCUACCAACAAACGAAAACAUGGUUGUUUUCGGUAAGAAUUCCGGCCUCCUUCUGAUCCUCAUCCCACAAGUCCUUUUAGGAAACACAUUGUUCCCUUCUUGUUUGAGAUUUACACUCUGGAUUUUGGGGAAAUUCGUGAUCAAGAGUAAUAUGGAAUCUCAAUACUUGUUGAACAACACCGAACAAAUUGGAUACUUUCACUUGCUUCCCAAGGCUCAUUCUAUUUACUUGAUUGCUACUGUGUUUGGAUUCAUCUGCAUACAAUGCAUAUUGAUUUGGUCAAUGGAGUGGAAUUCUGGAGCAUUGCGUGGACUCAGUACAUAUCAGAAGCUUGUUGGGGUUUUGUUUCAAUCUACAAAUUCAAGGCAUACUGGUGAAACAAUCUUGGACAUCUCCACAUUAUCACAAGCUAUUUUGGUGCUGUUGGUAAUCAUGAUGUUAGUUUUCUCUCCCUUCUUACCCUUCAGUUUUUCUAAUAAAUUCCAUCAUUCAAUAAGCGCAUAUUGCACACCUAUAAAGUAG